CCUCAGUCUCUAUUUCAUGACACAACCGAUCAUGCCUUUUCUCCCGGUUGUUCAAUUUUGAUUUCCUUCGCCAAGCAGCGCUUCAACGUCUCCGCGAAGUCCCAACUACCACAGGCUGAGCAAAUAGGGAAGGACGACCCACAUUUUGAGCAGAACCAAGCGGGAUUUGGGAGAAGGUAACACAAAAGCUUCGACCAAAAUGGUAACAAAGAGUAUAAGCGAAUUGCAAGUGCGAGAUUUCGUGCAAGCUGGUCUAACAAUAGAGGAAGCUCAGAGAUUUGACCAAGUUUUGAAGGAAUCAAUCCUUCAAAGGGUCGAAUGGUCUGACCCACGAGAGCUCUGGCGCGAGCUUGUGGCUCGAAGAGUGCUAAAGCCAUGGCACCCACACUCCCUGCAUCAGCUUGUGUACUAUUCUGUCUAUGCACAUUGGGAUGCCUCCACUAAAGGCCCACCGCUUUAUUGGUUCCCUUCUUUAUGGCACGCAAGACGGACAAAUUUGGGACGUAUAAUGGAAAUCUAUGGUCCAAAGCUUUUGGGAGCAGCAUACAAAGAUCCUAUAACUAGUUUUAAUCUCUUUCAGAAAUUUUCAGUCCAGCACCCUGAGGUAUACUGGUCGAUUGUUCUGAAGGAGAUCUCAGUAUCGUUUAUUGAGGCUCCUAAGUGUAUCUUAGAUGCUUCUGAUAAAUCAAAACAUGGUGGAACUUGGCUUCCAGGUUCAGUCUUGAAUAUUGCAGAGUGUUGUUUGUUACCUCAGGAUCAUCUAAAGAAAGACGAUGGCAGUGUGGCCAUUGUAUGGAGAGAUGAAGGGUUUGAUGAUUCCAAAGUCAAUCAGAUGACACUGAAAGAGCUACGACGACAAGUAAUGAUGGUAGCAAAUGUGAUAGCUGCUAAGUUCUCAAAGGGUGAUGCCAUUGCAAUUGACAUGCAAAUGACAGUCAAUGCUGUUAUAAUAUACUUGGCCAUUAUUGUAGCAGGAUGUGUUGUGGUAUCAAUAGCUGAUAGCUUUGCACCAAAGGAAAUUGCGGUUCGUUUGCGUGUGUCUAAAGCAAAGGGUAUCUUUACGCAGGAUUUCAUAUCAAGAGGUGGCCGGAAAUUCCCUUUGUACAGUCGAGUCAUUGAGGCAGCAACUUGUAAAGCUAUUGUACUUCCUGUGUUAGGUGAUGAAAUUGGAGUGCAAUUAAGGGAACAGGACCAGUCAUGGAAAGAUUUUCUCUCUCCUUGCAGUCAGCAUCCCAGGUCAAAUCAUUACUCUCCAGUUCCAGUCUAUCAAUCAAUUGAGUCUGUCACUAACAUACUCUUCUCAUCAGGAACCACUGGAGAACCAAAAGCUAUUCCAUGGACUCAGCUUUCACCUCUUCGAAGUGCUGCUGAUGGAUGGGCUCUCAUUGAUAUUCAAGUUGGGGAUACUUACUGCUGGCCCACAAAUUUAGGUUGGGUAAUGGGACCAACUCUAAUCUAUUCAUGCUUUCUGUCAGGGGCAACUCUUGCUCUUUACCAUGGAUCUCCUCUAGGUCAUGGCUUUGGAAAAUUUGUUCAGGAUGCUGGUGUCACUAUUUUGGGAACAGUUCCAAGCUUGGUUAAAACUUGGAAGAAUACAAAUUGUAUGAAAGGCUUAGAUUGGACAAAGGCAGAACAUUUUUGUUCCACUGGAGAAACUUCAAAUGUUGAUGAUGACCUUUGGCUUUCCUCAAAAUCCUAUUACAAUCCAAUCAUUGAAUGUUGUGGUGGAACUGAGCUUGCGUCUUGUUACAUCAUUGGAAGCCAACUUCAGCCUCAAACUUUUGGAGCAUUUAGCACAGCAUCAAUGACAGCUGGCUUUGUUAUCCUAGACGAGCAUGGAGUUCCUUAUCCAGAUGGUGCUUGUGUUGGUGAAGUGGGUCUAUUCCCUCAGUAUCUUGGAGCAACUGAUAGAUUGCUUAAUGCUGAUCAUGAAGAUGUUUACUUUAAGGGGAUGCCCAUUUAUAAUGGAAAGCGCCUUAGGAGACAUGGAGAUAUGACUUUUUCACGUAUGUGCUCAUUUCGAAUUUUAUCUUUAGUGACUUGCUUUCUUCAUAAUUUGAAUUUGACUUCUGAUAUGCAGACAAGUUCUGUAGAAAUUGAGCGUGUCUGUGACCGGGCUGAUGAAUGCAUUUUGGAGACUGCUGCAAUCAGCGUCGCACCAGCUAGUGGCGGUCCAGAACAACUGGUUAUAUUUGUGGUUUUGAAGAAAGGAUUCAACUCUGAUGCAGAAACCAUAAAGAUGAAGUUCUCUAAAGCCAUUCAAAGGAAUCUUAAUCCUUUGUUUAAGGUAAGCCUUGUUAGAAUUGUCCAGGAGUUUCCUCGAACAGCUUCCAACAAAAUACUAAGGAGAGUUCUGAGGGAUCAAAUGAAGCGUGAGCUAUCAGUUCAAAGUAGACUCUAGUCAUCUUAAUUCUCACGCAAAGCCAUCGUGUGAUUAUAGUGUUUCUAUAGCAUUGGAGUAAUGGUGUACUGGACUUUGCCCUUUGCUUAAACAAUAUUUAUGUUUGUUUACAAUUUGGUCCAAUAAACCUCAGUUCUUUGUAUGAACGAUUUCCUAUUUAAUUCAUGUGAUUUAUCUGUUA